AUGGCUCCCAUCACUAAGAAGUCGGGCAAGGCCCAGAAGCAGACCAAGAAGUUCAUCAUCAACGCUUCCCAGCCUGCCAGCGACAAGAUCUUCGAUGUCUCCGCCUUCGAGAAGUUCCUCCAGGACCACAUCAAGGUUGAGGGCCGCACCAACAACCUGGGCGACAACAUUGUCAUCUCCUCCUCUGCCGACGGCAAGAUCGAGAUCGUUGCCCACAACGAGCUCUCUGGCCGCUACCUCAAGUACCUGACCAAGAAGUUCCUCAAGAAGCAGCAGCUUCGUGACUGGCUCCGUGUCGUCUCCACCUCCCGCGGUGUUUACGAGCUCAAGUUCUUCAACGUCGUCAACGACGAGGCUGAUGAGGAUGACGAGUAA